AUGGCGUCCUCGUCCUCACAAUCACAGCCGCGACCAUCCUCAACCGCGUCGCCGUAUCCCUUCGCCUCAGCGCCCGACAUUGUCCGCGCCCAUCAAAAGGACGCGUACUUCACGGGCCACCUCGCCAAUACCCUCACCGACCUCCACCGCCGCCUGCUCGGUGCGCGGUCCGCCCACGCCCUCGCCCCGGAGCUGCGCUCCCUCGCCGCCCUCCUCUACUUCGCCCUCACCACCCUCCCCGGCAACCGCACUCUGGGCGAGGAAUACUGCGACUUGGUGCAGGUGGAGUCGCCGACGGGCCGACUCCCGGCCCUGCGCACCCGCGCUGCGUACAUAGCAGGCACGAUUGUCCUGCCCUACCUUGUCAGCCGCGCGCUGCCGGGCCUGCGCACGCGGCUACGGAAACUCAUCGAGCGGCGACUGGGCUCGCUCCAGCGCAAGGGCAAGGAGGACAGCAAGGAGGCACGUGUGUGGGAGUACAUUGCGCGCCACCUGUCGAGCAUCACGUCGGCCGCACCCGUCCAGGCCGUCACUCUCGCCCUCUUCUACUUCAACGGCACCUACUAUGAGCUCACCAAGCGCCUUCUCUCCCUCCGCUAUGUCUUUACUCGCACAGUCCCCGACACCCCCGAUCGCGCCGGCUACGAGGUUCUCGGCGUCCUGCUCAUCGUUCAGCUCGCCGUGCAGACGUACCUCCACGUCCGCUCUACUCUCUCCUCCGCCAGUGUCCCCGCGCGCGAGCGCGCAGCUUUCCAGUCCGGCACUGUCGACGUCUCCCUCGACCACACAAACUCCUACUCGGCCAACAGCGACCUGCUCCUGACCGAGCUCGGCAGCCGGGGCCCCCAGGCGAGCAGGGUCGACCUCGCCGCUACGACGCACACCCCGGUGGCCACCGCCCCAAGAUACAACCUGGCCGACGGCGACAAGGUCAUGGGGUACAUCAAGGGCUCGCAGCAGCGCAAGUGCACCCUCUGCCUCGAGGAGCUCAAGGACCCCUCCGCCACGCAGUGUGGCCACGUUUUCUGCUGGGAGUGUAUUGGCGACUGGGUCAGGGAGAAGCCCGAGUGCCCGCUGUGUCGCCGAGAAGCCAUGGUGCAGCACAUCCUCCCGCUGCGCGUCAUGUAA